AAUGAACGGAUGAACCAUUGCAAAAAAGAAAUCAUUUCAAUAAUUUUAAGUUUUUAUUUGUUUAUUUGAAUCAUUUAUUCGAAUUUAAUCAAUUCUGAUUCCGAGUGAAGAUAACUUCACAUUUGGGUUAGAUUGAAUACAAAGCUCGUUGCGUUAUCUUCAUUUUUACCUUAAUUUUAUCAGACGCCCAAAAUGGCUGACGCAAUUUGGGCAGAGAUUGAACGCUCCGAAAGCUUCUUGGUUUGCUCCAUGUAUGAGGAGGCUGCAUCAUUAGCUUCUUCCAUAAUAAAGCAAAGAGGCAGUCCCAAUGUAUCGAUUGAUGAUGAUUCUGAGUUUGAUUUGUAUGAAGCGAUGGAGGCUGCUGGUAUGGUCUUGGUUCAGUCCUUGAAACAACUCUCCAGGACUUCUACAAUUCUGAAUGAGCUCAAAACGUUAUUUGUUUCAAUUGAAUCAAUCCCUGUUCAAGUUCUUCUUACUGGGGUAUGUUUCCAAAUAUCAGAAGCUUCAGCUUUAGGCGCCAAAGAGUUUCUUGAGGAGUUUCUUAGCAAGUGGAGAUAUGUGGAUGAACAAUGCUAUGUUCUUGCUAGUGCUGAAACAAGUUCGAAUUUCAAGGGUGGAAGUGAUAGCUAUUCUGUCUUGGGAGUUGAUAAGUAUAUUGAAGUUGUUGAGUUGUAUGCUGUCAUGCUUCUGGGAACAGUUUCCAGUGAUGUCGAUCUUGCAAUCUCUUGGGUUGAGCAAACUGCUUUGCCAGAGAAAAACCGACAGGACCUUUUGAGAAGAUUGCACUCCCUAUAUUCCACAAAGGUAACUCAUUUACCACAAGGCUCCUCGUCACAUUUGCCUCUGGCAAACCAUGAAUCUCAUUCUUCCAAUAAGGGUUCAAAUGUGCCUGAGGGGACACCAAAAGGCUUAAAGACCAGCAGCCUGCUUAAUGGAGAGAGAGAUUCAAAGCAGGCAAAUUUGAAACUGUACGGACAAUCCCAUGGCUUUCUAUCUUGGUUUUCUAAUAUCACUUUGAAGUUCGGUAAUCAUCGGGUGGUCAUAUCAAAUGGUAAAAUCUUGAUUGGCUGUCUGGUCCUUCUCGUAUACUACAUCCUUCGAAGGAGAGGAAUUUCUUUACAGAGGAUUGUUAAGAGACAAGCUUUGUUUGUGAAGAAGUGUUUGGUAGACUUAUGGGAACUUGCAUUUUCAUACCAAGUUAAUCCGCUUGCUGCCAUUCAACCCUUGUCUGCUGCUACCUGACCUGAUGAGAUGAAAUGAGCCGAGACGAGGUGGGAUUUCAAGUUAGCUGUUUAGCAUUCAAUUAUCUUCUGCUGAUAAUAUCCCUCACUCCAUACAUGCAUUGUCUGUUAUCAUUACUAUUAUUAUUUUGAGCUUUCUAGGUCUGAUUGCCUUCAAGCAAAAACAAAUAAAAGAAAAUAAUAAUGGGAUUUCAAGUUGAGGUUUGAACUUUGAUGUAAUGGGAAAAUUAUAUUUCAUACCUCUUCUAUUUAUCUGUAAAAGUACCAUGGAGGUCCUAUAUUAAGAAAACUGAAUUUUGAUGUAGUUGUUAGGUUUUGUUGUACUGUUCUUAAAGGGUAUAUUGAUCUGAAGAUUGAGAUUA